AAACAGAGAAGGAUAUCUAAGAAGAGCCCGACCUUUCUCCAGAUCUCCGGCAGUGAGGACUUGAAGACAAGUGUGCCAUGGAUCCCAUGACAAUUCUUCUGUCCAUCAUAGUCGUCUUAUUUUUGGUCAAAACAUAUAAAGACCAGAAAAGCCAAAAAUACAAAAACUACCCUCCAGGGCCAAAGCCUCUACCCUUCAUUGGAAGCUUGCAUUUGAUUGAUCUACAAAAACCUCACCAUGCAUUUAUGAAGCUGUCGGAGAAGUACGGCCCCGUGUUUAGCAUCAAGCUGGCUACGGAGAAACUGGUUGUCUUAUGUGGUUAUGAUGCUGUAAAAGAAGCACUUAUCAACCAGGCAGAGGAUUUUUAUGCAAGACCCCAAAAUGCAUUGUCUGCUAGAACAUCAAAAGGAAAUGGUUUAAUCUUUUCAAAUGGAGAGAACUGGAAGGCAAUGAGAAGGUUUACAAUUUCAACUUUACGGGAUUUUGGAAUGGGAAAGAGAUCUAUAGAAAACAAAAUUAAUGAGGAAGCGCAAUGUUUAAUUCAGGAAUUCAGAUCCUACAAAGGGAAGCCCUUUGAGAAUCAGACCAUCAUCACUGCUGCUGUAGCUAACAUAAUCGUGUCUAUACUACUGGGUAACAGAUUUGAAUAUGAUGACCCAACCAUACUGAAACUUAUGCGUACAAUUAAUGAAAAUGUCAGGAUCUUCGGAAGUAUCAUGAUCAGACUUUACAACGCGUUUCCAACUCUGAUAGGCCUUCUCCCUGGCAGCCAUCAGAAAGUCUUUGAAAACAUUGAACACAUGCUAGAUUUUAUAAGGAAGGUGUUUACAAAACAGAAGAAAACGCUGGACGUAAAUGACCAAAGAAACCUUAUCGACGUCUUCCUGGCGAAACAGCAAGAGGGGAAGCCAGAAUCUACCUUGUACUUCCACAACGACAACUUGUGCGUGCUGGUGAGCAACCUUUUUGCAGCUGGGAUGGAGACGACGUCCACCACACUGCGAUGGGGCCUCCUGCUGAUGAUCAUAUACCCAGAAAUACAAAAAAAAGUCCAUAAUGAAAUUGACAGAGUGAUUGGAUCGGCUGAACCCCAGACUGAGCACAGGAAGCAAAUGCCGUAUACCGAUGCCGUCAUUCAUGAAAUCCAGAGGUUUGGUGAUAUUGUGCCUCUGAAUGUCCCACAUGCAACUGCUGAAGAUGUCACGUUCAGAGGGUACAACAUUCCAAAGGGAACCACCAUCAUUCCAUUGCUGACCUCUGUCCUUAGAGAUAAAGCUUACUUUGAAAAACCAGAUGAAUUCUACCCCGAACAUUUCCUGGAUUCGGAAGGAAAUUUGAAGAAGAAUGAGGCAUUUAUACCAUUCUCACUAGGUAAGAGAAGCUGUGCUGGAGAAAACCUGGCCAAGAUGGAGCUGUUUUUGUUUUUUACAACAUUGCUGCAAAACUUCACCUUCCAGGCCCCUUCUGGUGUUGAUCUGGACUUGACCCCUGCAAUAGGGUUCACAAAUGCCCCCUUACCGCAUGAGAUCUGCGCUAUACCUCGUAGCUAGAACAAAGCCAAGCCCAUC